CCGGAACCCAUGUUGUAUCGCCUCCUCGUGAUUCAGGGAAUGUCUUCUGUGCAACACGAAGCUGGCUUCUCUAGGUGCUUUGUAUUAUGGCUGGAGCGGGGCAUGAGAACGUUUUCGUGAACCGGAAGUUUGAGUCGGAAACUGAAAUAGAGGAAAAACGCAAGAAAAGACAAGAGGAAUGGGAGAAAGUUCGUAAACCCGAGGACCCAGAAGAAUGCCCGGAGGAGGUGUAUGACCCUCGAUCUCUGUUUGACCGGCUGCAGGAGCAGAAGGAUAAGAAACAGCAGGAGUACGAGGAGCAGUUCAAAUUCAAAAACAUGGUGAAGUGUCUGGACGAGGAUGAAACGAAUUUCCUGGAUGAGGUUUCCAGGCAACAGAUGCUGGUAGAGAAGCAGCGGAGGGAUGAAGAUCUGAAGGAACUAAAUGAGUACAGAAGCACUCUCUCAAAACUGUCAGCAAACACUGAAACUAGGAAAGAACCAGAGAAGAAAGUGGUGAUUAAACCAGUGGAGAACAAGAACACAUUCUCUCAGGCCAAGCUCCUGGCAGGAGCUGUCAAACGCAGGAGUUCAGACACAUCAGACAGUGUGAAGAAACAGAAAUUAGAAACAAACAAGGACAGCAGCCAUCGAGGGAGUGAGACGGCAGGGAGGUUCUCAGGCGCUGGCUCUGUGGUGCACCGCCCCUCUGUGGCGGUGUGUGUGGGCAUCCUGCCGGGCCUGGGGGCCUACUCGGGAAGCAGCGACUCUGACUCCAGCACAGACAGCGAAGGUACCAUUAUCUCAGCAGGAAGCAUCAUCUCCUCUGUCUUGCACUCUGACCGUUAACCCAGAGAGACCUGCGAAGCGACCCUGUGUGUGUGUUCUGCGAGUCAUGCCGAUGCAAGCAUCUUGGGCUUAGAGUGGUGUUUCUAAUUACCCGUGUGUUCCAUCCAUACAGUUUGACCCACGGCAGAAAACUGAAGAUUUGACAUCAUUGUGGACUCAACCAAGCGGAAGGCAUACCAGGCUCUCAAAUGUCACAUCUUAAAGUUCAGCACAAAUGUCAAGGUUUCUUUAGGUAGAGGGGUUUUUCAAACUCUACAGUGCAUAGAGAGAGCACGAACGGCAAGAUUUUGUUUCAUACACAAAAUAAAUAAACGUUAUGGCUGUAAGUUACGUGGCGAUUUUGAAAGCUGAAAAUAAAUACUUUGAUUUA